AGCCAAAUUUUUUUAACAGCGCACCGGAAAUGAGUAGCAAACUGAGUUUGCAAAAAAAUUCAUCACUGCUGAAUUACAAUAAUUAUGCUACGGAAUAGAACGAGAUUUUUUAAAAUAAAUAGUGAAAGAAUGCCAGUGGUUUCCAUUCUUGUGAUGAGAUUUUCAAUAGAAAGAAUGUAAAAAAAAUGCCGGCAGAGACGAUUAUCAAGCGAAAAAAAAUCAAAUUUUCUAUAUCUUUGAGUGAAUGAAAUUGAUUUUUGUUAAUUUUUCUUUUCUUUAAUCGCGAUGAUAGUAAUCACUUCAUCAAUUAAUUGGAGUGAAGUGCUGCCGUGUGGCUUGAAAAUUUUGAAUGGCUCAAACGGUAAUUUCUCUCCGCACUUGCAAAUUCUUGCAAAAAAAAAGUUCUGUAAAAACUCUUGGAAAGUUGAAUUAUAAUUUUUAUUCCAUCGGAUUCAAAAUAUUGUGUUAGUAAGAACGUGUUGAUGUGCAUCGUCAUUGUUGUCGAGUUAAAAUUUUUCGAAACAAGAUGAUGCUCCGGGGAGGCAGACGCCUGGACUUUAUUUACAGCAGGAAGUACGAAAAUAGAUGUGUUCUACGAGUUUUCAGGCGCUACGUGAGGUCCAGCACCAACGGAUUCUUCAGUUGGACUGCGCCAACCAGUGGAGAAUUGUUGAAUACUAAAGAUGGAAUUCGCAACUAGAAAUGAAGCCAUCGACUCCUUCACAUCCGGAGAUCAGCGAGUGGAUGUCAUCGGAUACGUAGAAACGAUAAUCGAGAAUCCACCGACGCCGAUGGACAAUGUCAGAGUGAUGUUCACAUUGAACAAUAACCGUGGCAGAACACUCCUCAUAUGUGUCUGGAAUCAAGCGAGUAAAAUUCAUCCGGAAUGGAUCAAGCCAAAUGCGAUCCUCCACAUCAUCAACGCCAGGUGCAAAAUAUUCGACGUCCCAUUCGUUCGCGACAACAUAAAUUCGCGAAUCAAUGGUGAAGCUUUCGAAAUUCACGUCAAUCAUCCCACUUCGAUCAUUAAAAAAAUCGGGGAGUUCAAUCCCGAGGAGUUGCAGAAAACAGAACCCCCCACUAUCUUGUGGGAUCAGAUUCGUGAGUCUGAUGGGCAGCUCGUACGUCUCAAAGGUUUCGUAAAAGGUGAAUUUGCAAAGCUUAAACACUGCACUUAUGGAUCCAUCACUGAUGGCCGCAAAAAACUGAACAUUGUCCUGACGAAUAACGACGACAUUCAGCAUUUCAAAAUUGGGGAUUUGAUAGAGGUUGAGGGUACCAUUAACAUGAAGGGAUAUCGUACAAAAUGGUACGGGCGUGAUCCACCGGGGAUUGAGUUGAACGAGGCCUCGAAAAUCAAGAAGGUCGAGGCAGAUUUAUCUCUGCUUGAGGUCCUCUCCAUGGAUAUUACUCAAUACCCUUAGGAGAGUCUGGAGAAUAUCUCGAGGAGGAAAAUAAUGGCUUUCAACAGGACAUUUCGUAUGAAUAAUCUCUCUACACCUCACGAUGCCUCGACCAUAUAUCUCAUUUUUUAAUACCAUUUUCUAUCGAAUGAAGGAAAUUUGCGUGGCAUUUACCUAAUGAAUUUGCUUAAUCAAUAAAUGUUUUUUAUCAAAAAGUGUCUUCGAUUCCUCUGUCGUGUCAACGAAUGUCGAUGAUUCCCUCUCCAUCUGCUGUAAAACACAAAAUGAAAAAAAAAAUUGAAAUUGCAAUAAUCUCUACAAAUAAAAUAAAUGGGGAAAAAUGAGGGGGCAAAAUGAAACAGUCGAAAAACCAUCG